GCCAGGAUCCCGCACAGAUCUCUCAUGUGACGCAGCCAUUGCCACCAUCCUUAAAGGGGACCAACGGGAGCCCCAUGCCCUGACCCCAGGGCCUAGCCCUCUGGCCCUCACAUUCCUGUCCAGCAAGCCAGGUGCCCGGCCCCAACCUGAGGGAGCCAGCUGGGAUGCAGGGCCCAGUGGGGCUGCCUCAACCUGGGUGGACCCGGCAGAGGGCAGCCCAAGUCCAGGGGUCCUCCCUGAGGGCCUGCCUCUCCAGCCUUUGCCUGCUGAAGUCCCUCUUCCCACCACCCUGGAGCCCCGCAUCGUGAUGGGUGAGGAGACGUGCCAGGUCAUCCCUUCACCCAGGGCAGCCUGGCCAGUGCUCAGGGACCGGGCGGGUGGGCACAUGGCCCUGCACCCACCUCCGGAGCUAUGUUCUCAGGGUGAUUCUCCUGUGCCUUCCCCUCCCCCUGACCUCGAUUCCUACUUCACACCCCCCUCUACUCCCACCAAGACCACCUAUGCCCUGCUCCCUGACCAUGGGCCCCACAGGGAUGCCUGGGACCUGGAGGCCGAGCGGCUUGAUGACUUACUGGACUCAACGCCAGCUUCCCCCUCAGGCUCCUACAUUACAGCAGAUGAGGACAGCUGGGCCCCAUCACCUUCGUGUUCCCUCAGCCUGCUGGCCCCAGCUGAAGGGCUGGACUUCCCCUCCGACUGGGGCCUCUCCCCAUCAGGGUCUGUGGUAGAUGAACUAGAGCCACACCCCACAGAACCUCCGGAGCUCCCCUCCUCUGAGUCUAGCCUCUCAGCCGACAGCAGCUCUUCCUGGAGCCAAGAGGGCCAUUUCUUUGACCCAGCCUUCUUGGCCAACGACCCGAUGAUCCCUGCUGCCCUACUCCCAUUCCGGGGUAGCCUCAUCUUCCAGGUGGAAGCCGUGGAAGUGACUCCACUGCCCCAAGAGGAGGAGGAGGAGGAGGAAGAGGAGGUAGCUGCUGGUGCUGCCACCCCAGAUGGAGACCUGGCUGGAGAGGAUGAGGACGACAGCACAUCUGCCUCUUUCCUGCAGUCCCUCUCCGAUCUGUCCAUCAUCGAGGGCAUGGACGAGGCCUUCGCCUUCCGUGAUGACACCUCGGCAGCCUCCUCUGACUCGGACUCAGCUUCCUAUGGCUGGGGAAGUGAGCAGGCCAGUGAGCUCUGCUCACACAGCUGUCCUAUAUUACAGAUCGAGGAUCUGUCCCAGCAAGUACACAAAGCUGCCGCAGAGAAGUUCAAGGUACCCUCAGAGUCCUCAGCCCUGGUCCCCGAGUUGGCGCCUGGGCCCCGAGUGAGGCCAGAGUGUGAGGAGCAGGAGGAGGAAGAUGAGGAGGUAGAGGAGGCUGGACUUGAACUUCGGGACAUUGAGCUGGUGAUGGCCCAGGCUAAUGUGUCCAGGGCAAAGGCCGUGCGGGCACUGAGGGACAACCACAGUGACAUUGUCAAUGCCAUCAUGGAACUGACGAUGUAGCUACUGACUGCAAGCUCGGGCCGCUCUGCCUCUCCCCAGCUCUGUUGCCCAAUAAAUCAGUGUCAUAUCAUCA